UCUCUCUCUCUCUCCCCAUCGAUAUCUCAAAUCAAUCCAAAUCCUAACUCCCUCUUCCAACACAUCCAAUCCUCUUUCCUUUUGGACCUUCUUCUCGCGAGGGUUUUGUCCAUUAAGAGGAGAGUGUACAGCUGGUGAUCUUUGAGGCUGGUCUUCUUGUUUAUUUUUCGGAUCCAAGGCCCGUCUCUCAUUUUGUUUUCUACUUAGAAGGAUCAGAAUCAUCUCUAGAAGAAAUGGCACCAAUGACUUUACCUCCUGGCUUCCGUUUUCAUCCAACCGAUGAAGAACUCGUUGCCUACUACCUGAAGAGAAAGAUCAACGGCCGUAAGAUUGAGUUAGAGAUCAUUCCCGCAGUCGAUCUUUACAAAUGCGAGCCAUGGGAUUUACCAGAGAAAUCAUUCUUGCCAAGCAAAGAUCUUGAGUGGUAUUUCUUCAGCCCUCGAGAUCGUAAGUAUCCGAACGGAUCGAGGACGAAUCGAGCGACCAAGGCCGGCUACUGGAAGGCAACGGGGAAGGAUCGGAAGGUGAUGUCCCACAUGCGGGAAGUUGGCAUGAAGAAGACGCUCGUCUACUACCGAGGACGUGCUCCCCACGGCUCACGGACGGACUGGGUCAUGCACGAAUACCGCCUCGACGAAAGAGAAUGUGAAACUCUCUCAGGCUUGCAGGACGCUUAUGCGCUGUGCCGCGUGUUUAAGAAGAAUGGGUUGGGCCCCAAGAUGGACGACCAAUAUGUGGCUCCAUAUGACGACCAUUCUCAAUGGAUGCAUAAUGACCGUUCAUCUGGCAUGGAACUCUCUUCUGAUGGAAGAGGGGAAGAUAUGGAGAGUAAUGGCUAUCCAUUCCCAUCAGAUACAUGCUCAUCGGGCAUCGUCCAAGGAGCCUUCCACGUCCAUGAACAAGGAGAUGGGGCAUGGAUGCAGUUUCUUGCAGAAGAGGCACUUAGCUCCACGGACCCUCCAUUUCCGGACAAUGCAGAUUUUGCCUUUCUUCCAUCUAAGGUGGAUGUAGCGCUAGAACGCGCAAGAUUGCAUCAACGGCUGACAUUGCCUCCAUUGGAGAUGGAUGAUUUCCCACAGAUUGAUCUCCCGGGCCCGCAUUCCGUAUUUUCUCGACCUGAUGUAAAUCAAGUGGACAUUCUACAAGAGAUCCUAUCCGUUGCUUGUGCGUCACAACAACUCAUUGAUCAAUCCAACCAUAAGGAAAUGUGGGCCACUGCGAAGUAUCAUCCUUCCGAUGAACUUUCCCCGGUGACGGAGCUAGAAAUCGGUGGAAGAAAUGAGAAAAAUCAAGUGGGCGACGUGGUCUCGUCGAAAUUAAUCGAGAUUAGUGAUCUGGAAGAGGAGUUCAAGGGUGCAAAGGUUGUGGAGAACUUGCGAGGGGUAAAAAUGUCACAUAAAAAUCUAGAGGAGAGCACGCAAGAGCACAACACAGUGCUAAUAGAAAGCAUCUCAAAUUUCCAAAAGAAAGAGGAGCCAAACACUGAUAAAGGAGGAAUCAAUCAAAAUCGCAAUUUGAAGCACUUGAAUUCUGAUGACACAGACUACGAACCAAACGAUUUCUCUCUUGGAUUUAUCAACGCAGAUGGUGAGAUGGACAAUUCCCCGGGCACACCCACCUUCGACGUAUAUGAGAAGAUCGAAUUCAACCGUGGAUUGUUCGUUGCGAGCCAUAAUGUGGCCCAGACGUUCUUUCACCACAUUGAGCCCUCGAAGACGGUUAGUGUCCAUAUGGAUGUGAUGGUAAUGCAUGGCUUUCCGGGACUAGAACCGGAUAUGGGCCGUAAAUGCUGCAAUCGGCAGUCCACUUUUAGCAAGUUCAAGGCGUUUGCUAGAGAUAAGUUGGUGGGGAUCAAAACGUUCGUAAAUAUGGCGAAUUCGACGGUAGGUGUACUUGCAGUUCUACUGACAUCUUUCAUUUGUCUUGGGGAGGUUUUGGAGAAUCUCGUUUGAAUGAGAAGAGUAGUGUUUGGCUUCACCAAGGUUGGAGAAAGAAGCAUUUCCAAUUAUUUUUGAACUGGAAAUGGCCUUUCUUCGAUGUUGAACUGUGGGAUUGACAUUAUUUCUAGCUCAUGACAUAACACAAAGGAGAUUUAAUUCUUUUCUUCUCUCUUGUUUUUUUUUUUUUUUUCAUAUAUCAAAAUUUAUAUAUAUAGAAAGGGAAUAUUGAUAAUUAGACUUAUGUUGGGAAUCAUAUGUAUGUUUAUGAAAUUUGUUUUAGUUGUAUUGAUUAAAGAUGGAUUAACCUCCCAAGCAAAAUGCUUGGGUGGUUUUUAAACAUGUUAGUAUUUAAAGGAAGUUUGUGAUCAUGUUUCAUUCU